AGUGUCAUUUGUAGCCUGCCUCCUGAUGUUAGUCAGAGCUUCAACAUUCUUGCUCGUAAAGAAAAUGACAAAAAUAAAAUAAAGAUGGAUAGAAAUAAAUAUUCAUGAAAAUCUAAAAUUAGUAGCAAGAUAAAGAUAUCUGAAGACUUAAUUGUUUCUGAUGAGAUUUCCACAAAAUGUAAUGCCAAGAGUCAGAUUUUUCUGUCUUUGGAACUGUCACAUGUGGAAUCUGAGACUUCCCUGAAGUAUCAAAAAAAAAACCCAAACCCUCCAGGAGACAAAGAUCAUUUUGCUCAGAGUGCUCAGAAACUUAAAAAGCAAAGUUUCUCUUGUAGUUGCAAAAAUUCAGUUAUCUUAAAGCUUACUCUACUUUCUCUACCACAUGCACGCUCUGCUUCAGAUUUUGUAGAUCUGAAAUACAGUGACAUGUUCAAGAAAAUAAGUUCAAAUGACAAAGGCCCAGGCAUUUAUGAAAUGUUUGGAACUCCUGUCUAUUCCCACAUGUGCGAGCUUGAUCAACAUGAGAACAGAUUUAGAAAUGUUUGUUCUGCUCCACCUGGGAGAUGCACUGCUAGCACCUGCAGAUCUACCUGCAGUAUAGGGAGAGAGAGCAGCUGAGUAAGAAAUACUCAAAAGAGAACGUAUUGUAAGCCAAAGACGACCAUACCUGGCACUAAACAAAAGCACAAAGGUUUAAUUACAAAGGACAGAAGUACUGAGUUGAGUGACAGCAACACAUAGCAAGAUAAUGUAAUAACUUCUGAUUCAGAUUUUCAAAUAAACACUUCAAGGAGCUUGACGUUGUUUCCUGAAGACACAGAUCAUCAACAGCUUACCUUUUUAAAAGAGCUUUCACAAUCAACUAAGCAAAAUAAAAUUUUUUCAAAUUCAAAUUUAUCAACUAUUAAAGAAUUUUCUUUGAAGCAGUCUUUAGACAGUCAGGAUAUAUCCAACCAUCAGAGAGCUGCUACCUGUAGCCAGAAUCUUCUGCAGUUCAGUGAUAAAGUCUACAGAGAAUGUGUUGCUUUAAGUAGCAGUCUACUAACAACAGACCAGAACAUUUGUGUACCCCAGUGCAGGGUGGAUAUGGAUGGCUGCAAAGGCCUGGGGUCAGACCAGGCCUCCUUCAAGUCUAUAAAUAAAGGUGAAGCAUUGCCCUUUUCCGAUAGACUGGAGUGUCAAUCCCCUACAAAAAGAUUAAUUCACAGUUGGGCAUCCACACUUCAAAGCAGUGGUUUGGCAAAUGAAUUGAUUCAGCCUUUAGUGAUUCAGACAAAAAAUGUUAAAAGCCCCGGUUUCCAGACAAGUCAGAACAUUUUGUCCUGGGCAGAUAAUAAGGAUGUGACUGAUGAGUUGCUUUGUUGUCUGGCCAAAGAAUUGCUAAUGCUUGAAGAAAAAGACAUCAACUCUUCAGGAACAAAAAAUACAAGUUUUAAAAUGCAAAAUACACAUACUAAAGAAGAAGAAAAUAUGAUGAAUGGAGAUGGAGCAAUAGUAAAUAGUGCUCUAGAGAAGCAGAGUUACAGCAGAGCCUUUUUGGCAUCAAAUGAAGAAAGCGAACUGCUAAACUUUGAGGAAUCUACUGAAUUACCAGGAAGCAGUUCAGCUAACAAAGAUCCCAUCAUGUGGACAAGAGGUGAAGUCCUUGGAAAGGGAGCCUAUGGCACAGUAUACUGUGGCCUGACAGGCCAGGGGCAAUUAAUAGCUGUAAAACAGGUUGUUUUGGCUAUGUCAGAUCAACUCACUACAGAAAAGGAGUAUCAGAAGUUUCAUGAGGAAGUUGAUCUUUUGAAGACAUUGAAGCACGUCAGUAUUGUAACUUAUUUAGGAACUUGUCUGGAAGACAACACUUUAAGCAUUUUCAUAGAGUUUGUUCCUGGUGGCUCAAUUUCUAGUAUUAUUAAUCGUUUUGGUCCUUUGCCAGAAAUUGUCCUUUGUCAAUAUACAAAACAAAUUCUACAAGGGGUUGCAUAUUUACAUGACAAUUGUGUGGUUCAUAGGGAUAUCAAAGGCAAUAAUGUAAUGCUCAUGCCAAAUGGUAUAGUAAAGCUAACUGACUUUGGCUCUGCCAGGCGUUUAGCUUGGGUAAGCCUCCAUGGCACACAGAGCGAGAUGCUGAAUUCUGUGCAUGCGACUCCAUACUGGAUGGCACCAGAAGUUAUAAAUGAAUCUGGAUAUGGAAGAAAAUCAGACACCUGGAGUGUUGACUGCACCCUAUUUGAGAUGGCAACAGGAAAACUGCCGCUGGCUUCCAUGGAUAGGAUAGCAGCCAUGUUCUACAUUGGGGCCCACAGAGGACAGAUGCCUUCCCUACCUGAUUGAAUCUCCAGCACUGCAGUGGAUUUUGUGCAUGCAUGCUUAACCAGGUAUGUAGAUUUUUAA